AUGAACUCAUUACAACAAGUUGCUGAUCAACUUGAAGCACUCUGCAAGGCGGGCGGAUUUCCUCUUGCUAAAUGGGCAAGCAAUCAUAAAAAAAUACAACUCAAUCAUGUGGAAGCGAUCAAGAAUCACAAAUUCGAGGAUUCAGACUCCAGCACCAAGAUUCUGAGCAUGUACUGGUCCUCACACUCAGAUCAAUUUUAUUUCACGUACUCACCACCAUGCUCAACUCAAAAGUUUACAAAAAGGAUCAUUUUAGCAGAGAUCGCUCAAAUCUUUGAUCCUCUUGGAUUUCUCGUACCACUCAUCAUUCGAGCCAAGGUAUUCAUGCAGGAGCUUUGGCUCGAAAUGCUCAGCUGGGACACUCCAUUGGCAGCCAAUCACCGGCAUAAAUGGAGAAACUUCAAAAAUGAACUCAAACUUAUCUCUGAAAUCAAAAAUCCAAGAUGGAUCCACUCAUCCCCGUGCUCAACUACCGAAAUCCAUGGAUUCUCGGACGCCUCACAAUUGGCAAUGGCAGCUGCCGUGUUCAUCAAAGUCCACACACCUGCUCAUGGAGUCAGAGUUACGCUGCUCUGCUCUAAAACCAAGGUAGCUCCGUUGAAACGAGUAACGAUACCAAGGUUAGAACUCACCGCAGCUCACAUGUUGGCAAAACUCAUAAAACACUGCCAGAGCACUCUAAAUCUCACUCAAUCGCCAACAUACUUGUGGACGGACUCAACUAUAACUCUCACGUGGAUUAAAUCUCAUCCGUCUCGCUGGAAGGAGUUUGUUCGGAAUAGGGUGUCACAUAUUCAAGAUCUACUUCCAGAUGGCCACUGGAAUUUCAUUCCGGGCACACAAAACCCAGCAGACUGCGCAACACGAGGGUUGACACCUACUCAACUCCGUGAUCAUCAACUAUGGUGGACUGGCCCACCAUGGUUGCUCAAGAGUUCAUCGUCCUGGCCUAAAUGUCCAUGA